AUGGCCUCUCUGGACCUUCCAUACCGCUGUCCUCGCUGCGGGGAGCACAAGCGCUUCCGAAGCCUGUCGUCCUUACGUGCCCACCUGGAGUACAACCACACGUACGAGACCCUCUACGUCCUCUCCAAAUCCAACAGUGUCUGUGAUGCCGCCGCUCUGCUGCCUCUAGUGGCCGAGGGAGCUCUCCUCACACCCGCCAACAACAACGACCCCUUUGAGCCCCUCCGGCCUUCAGCUUUAAAGGAGCGCCGCUUCCCUUGCCGUGAGCUUCCUUGUGCGGACGACCUGAGUUUAACCCCAGCUAACUCCAACACCGCAGCCAGGUAUAUUCCCAAUGUGGAGUUUCCCCUGGGGGAGAUUUUCAUGAAGAAAGCCAUGACAUCCGCAGACCCGGGUCCCCAUGGAAACCCUAGCACAGCUGUAGCAGUGGCAGCUAAUGUAGCGGCCAGUGCAGUAGAGGCGGCCUACGAGGAGGGCCUGGCCCGGCUGAAGGCGCGGGCGUUUGAGCGGCUGGAGCUGGACGAAAGGCUGGAGAAGCUUUCUGAAGAGGUGGAGCAGAAAAUAGCGGCCCGUGUAGGUCGCCUUCAGGCGGAGCUGGAGAGGAAGAGCUCCGAGCUGGAGCGGGCCAAGCAGGAGAGCGAGCGGCUGAGCCAGGAGAAACAGGACCUGGAGGACAAGGCCUCCGAGCUCUCCCGGCAGGUGGACGUCUCUGUGGAAAUGCUCGCCAACCUCAAACAGGACCUGGUGAACAAGGAGGAGGAGCUCAAUCACAAGCAGCAGGAAGUUGCCCAGAUCGACCAGUUCCUUCAGGAGACGGCGGCGCGCGAGGCCAAUGCCAAAGUGCGGCUGCAGCAGUUCAUCGAGGAGCUGCUGGACCGAGCGGACCGCGCAGAAAAGCAGCUGCAGAUCAUCAGCAGCUGUGGAACGACGCCGAACGGCAGCCUGGGACGCUGCAGCCUCCAGGCCUCGAAGGGCAACGGACGCCAGAGGAACUCCAGCCUCUCUGGGAGCACGAGAGGCAUGUACCAAGUGUCGGACCGGCGAUCCUCCCCCAGCACAGGAGCGUCAGGGCGGAUCAAGUCUGUCUCGCAGGGCUCUGGAGGCUACGACAGCGACAGCGUGGAGAUGCACCCCAUGGAGGAGUGUCCCGAGGCCCAGUACUAUCACAUGCAGUGCCGGCUGGGCGAGGGGGGCUACGAGCGCUCCCCCGGGUGCGGCGGCGGUGGAUCGAGGAACUGGGGUCUUCGUAAACAGGCCAUCCAGAACUGGCAGCGGCGACCUUACAGGAACAGCACCGAAGGCGAGGAAGGAGACGUGUCGGACGUGGGCUCCCGGACCACCGAGUCCGAGGUGGAGAUGUGGGAACAGGAGAGGAGAGCUGUGGCCGAGGUCCAGCAGUCUGCCACUCCCUACCCGCACCAUGGCAGGGCGGGAUAUCGCCCUAACGCAGGUCGCUCUGACGGGGUCUACAACAAGCCAUGCCGCCAUGAAAAGAGCCCGUCCAAAUCCAACGAGGUGAUCAGUCCCGAGAUCCUGAAGAUGCGCGCGGCUCUCUUCUGUAUCUUCACCUACCUGGAUACUAAAACCCUGCUGAGAGCCGCUGAGGUCUGUCGCGACUGGAAGUUUGUGGCCCGUCACCCGGCUGUGUGGACCAGAGUCCUCCUGGAAAACGCUCGCAUUUCUUCCAAGUUCCUGAGCAUAUUGUCUCAGUGGUGCACUCAGACGCACUCCCUCAUCCUGCAAAACCUCAAACCGAGACAGCGGGGAAAGAAGGAAACCAAGGAGGACUACCUGAAAAGCACACGUGGCUGUCUGGAGGAAGGUCUGGAGGCGUUGUUAAAGGCCACAGGAAGUAACCUGCUGAUACUGAAGAUUUCGCACUGCCCCAACCUGCUGACCGAUCGUUCCCUCUGGCUGGCCAGCUGCUACUGCCGAGCUCUGCAGGCGGUGACCUACAGGAGUGCCACAGAUCCAGUUGGCCAGGAGGUGAUCUGGGCCCUCGGAGCCGGUUGUCGAGACAUCAUCUCCCUACAGGUGGCGCCACUACACCCAUGCCAACAACCUGCUCGUUUCAGUAACCGAUGCCUGCAGACGAUUGGACGGUGCUGGCCACACCUCCGUGCUCUUGGUGUGGGGGGGGCUGGAUGUGGCAUUCAGGGGCUGGCAUCUCUAGCGAGGAACUGCAUGCGCCUGCAGGUGCUGGAGCUGGAUCAUGUGAGCGAGAUCAACCAGGAGGUGGCAGCAGAGGUUUGCAGAGAGGGCUUGAAAGGGCUGGAGAUGCUGGUGCUUACCUCGACACCCGUCACCCCUAAAGCCCUGCUUCACUUCAACAGUGUUUGCCGCAACCUGAAGUCCAUCGUGGUUCAGAUCGGUAUUGAAGACUACUUUGAGGACCCCAACAGUCCUGAAGCCAGAAAACUAUUCGAUGAGAUGGUCAACAAGCUGCAGGCUCUGAAGAAGAGACCCGGCUUCUCCAAAAUCCUCCACGUGAAAGCAGACAGUCUCUGCUAACGUCUUUUGUGCAGAUUCUUCGAGUCUUGGAGAGGCGCCAUCCUGGCUCCAGUCAAUCAAAAGGACCCAGCUGUUUUGAGCCCACUCAAUGGGGUUGAAUACGUCUGCAGCACCGACAGAAACAACAGAAGACCGCCAUGAUGAACCAAGGCCGAGGCUCGAUGCGCAUACUCUGCUAGAACAACCUUCAAACAGAAAAAAACUCAUUCAAUA